UUACGUUGCUUCAUUGCUCUGUUGUCAUGUGCUGAAUUAAGUUUUGGUCAGCUAGCUAUCACGAGAACUUUCUAAGAGCAUUUUAACACUCUUACCAAUUGCCAAUUGAUUCUUAAAUAGUUAUCAACGUGUCCAUGCAGAGAGAGAGAGAGAGAGAGAGAGAAAGAAAAUAGCAACCAUUUUGACUUAAAAUGCAAAAGGAGCUAGUGUUAGCUAGAUAGCGUCAGUUUAGCAAUUUUAUAAAAGGAAUGGCAGAUAGAAAAGAGAAAACAUUCAGGUUUGUGAUCGUGGGAGGUGGCAUUGCGGGUGUCACAUGUGUUGAGCAGCUGUCAUCCCAGAUUCCGUCAGCUGACUUGGCUCUGAUUACAGCUGGCCCACAUAUCAAGGCAGUGACCAACUAUAAACAGGUGUCCAAGACACUGGAAGAGUUUGAUGUGGAGGAGCAACCAUCCAGUGUUUUGGAGGAGAAGUUUCCCAACCUGACUGUCAUCCACUCUGCUGUCAAAUCACUUGACACACAAUCCCAUUCUUUAGAAACUACAGAUGGCCGAGUUUUUGGUUAUGAGAAGCUUUGUAUCUGUGGCGGGGGCCGACCCAAGCUCCUAACCCAGGACAACCCUUAUGUCCUGGGGAUACGGGACACAGACAGCGCCCAGGAGUUUCAAAAGCGGUUAUCCAAAGCAAAGAGAAUCAUUGUUGUUGGCAACGGAGGGAUUGCCCUGGAGUUAGUGUAUGAAGUGGACGGUUGUGAGGUGAUCUGGGCUGUGAAGGACAAGGCCAUAGGAAACACCUUCUUUGACGCAGGGGCGGCACAGUUCCUCAUCCCAUCGCUGGAGGCUGACAAACCAGAAAGGGCGGCUCUCUGCAAGAGAACUCGCUACACCACAGAGGAACCAGCACCUGGAGGAUCUCAGACCUUCACAGCAGAUAGAAACGCGCGAAGGCAAGGCACAGGUCCUACAGAGGCCGGCAGUGCCCUCGGUCCAGACUGGCAUGAAGGAAUAGUUCUCCGAGGAGCAGAGCAGGGGACCCGCAGAGUUUCAUUGGAAUACCAGUGUGAGGUGGAACAAAUCUUCACCUCUGAGGAGCUGCUCAAAUCCCCUCAGCAAACACUCAGACCUGAGAAUGUAGGAUCCUGGCCCGUUUACGUCCAACUGACCAACGGCAAAACAUUUGGCUGUGAUUUUGUUGUCAGUGCCACCGGUGUUGUGCCAAACACUGAGCCAUUUCUCCAUGGCAACAAUUUUGCACUGGCAGAUGAUGGCGGCCUGCAGGUAGAUGACCACAUGAUGACAUCAGAGCCAGAUGUGUAUGCUGCAGGAGACGUGUGCACUGCAUGCUGGGAACACAGCCCAAUGUGGCAGCAGAUGCGUUUGUGGACGCAGGCCCGUCAGAUGGGCUGGUACACCGGGCGCUGCAUGGCGGCACACGUCCUGUCAGAACCAAUAGAACUGGACUUCUGCUUCGAACUCUUCUCACAUAUUACCAAAUUCUUCAACUACAAGGUGGUCCUGCUGGGGAAGUUUAAUGGGCAGGGGCUGGGGCUCGACUAUGAGCUGCUAAUACGCUGUACCAAAGGCCAGGAGUAUGUCAAGGUCGUUCUCAGUGGAGGUCGGAUGGUGGGAGCGGUGCUGAUCGGGGACACAGACCUGGAGGAGACCUUUGAGAACCUGAUCCUCAACCAGAUGGAUCUGACCCGGUACGGAGAGGAGCUGCUCAACCCCAACAUUGAUAUAGAGGACUACUUCGAUUGAGCAUGAGGGGUGUGAUUCAGGAACGUGUUGAGCCUGAACAACGUCUAAAGGCUUCAGAAGGAAAUGUGCAUCCUAUCAUGUUUGUUAUUGGUCAUGACAAGAAGCUGUCUGAUGAAGUAGCGAUGAUCUUUGUUCUUACUUUUAGAUUUAAGAAUAUAUUUUUGCCUUUAAAAUAAAUUAUUUUCAAAACAAAGUGUAAUAAACUAUCACUUGAGUGAUAUGUUUAGAAAAUACUUUUUCAUUUAGCUGAGCAUGAAUGAAAAUACUUCCCUAAUAUAAUAAUAAUCUGUUUGUUGCUAUGUCGUCUUAGUGACUCUUGAUCAAAUUUCAGCCUAAACAGCAACGAUGGCCCCUUGUGUGCCUCAGCAGGCAUUAUAACAAUAGACAUUAUCCGGCUCACAUAAUGCUCUGUAUUGUUCCUGGGAUAUGUUGCUCUUGGAGAUGUUGCUAUUUGAAAAUCCCCUUUUAGGAAGACAAACAUUAGAAGUGAAGUGAAAAGAAUAAUCCCCCCACGAGGGGAAUUUCAAUAAUAAGUCAACACCCAUUUCUACUUGUUGGUUUGCCUGCAGGUUUGUGUUUUAUGGAUGUGUGUUUUCUGGGUCAGUGGUUCACCGACGGGAACCUGCCCACGCUGAUUCAGCUGCUACCAUUGGCUGAUAAAGGUUGAUAUGGAAACCCUUGCGUUUUUACUGAGCAUAAUGUGAAUAAGCCUACUAGUAGUUAGAGGGAAAUGUGGACGUGUUCCGUUAUUUACAACUUUUGAAAUAAGUCUCAAAAGCACCCCUUUAGUAAAGAGCCACUUAUAAGGUAUGGCAGGAUGACACCCUCCUAAACUCAAGGAGGUGUGUACCUGUGAGCGUGGAGAGCAGAUGAUUUUUUAUAAGGUGUGUCAGAACUGCCCCAUGGUGGCACAUGCAUCAAGAUAAAAUUCCACUCUGAUGGAUAUUGAGGACAAUUGAUGCAAUGUGAUCCCUUGUAAUGUUUUACAUAGUAUGUUACCAAGCAACCGACCUUGUAUGCCAGCAUGAAACAGAUAUUACAUGGCCAAACUGGCUAAGGGUCAAUAUGGAGAUAUGCCACCAUUGUUAUAAAGUAUAUUUAGAAUUGUAUAUUUAGACGGGAUAAGCCUCUGAUAUGGGGGGACUUUGGGAGUGUUUACUCUCAUGGACUUUUUUUUGAAACAUAGGUAGGGUUGCAAGUUUCAAUAGACCUACAUCCUUGUU